AUGGAAAGGUAUCUGGAAACUUUAGACAGUGAUGACACACAGUCAGAAGGAGGGUCAAAAAGGAAGGACAGAUAUAUGGAUAACGAGGAAGAUGAUAUUUUUAGAAAGAGCAAAAAGUUCUCGAGAACACCAACAAAAAAUCAAGAGAAAAGAAAUGAAGAAACAAAAAUUGAUCAAUUAUUAAUAAUGAUGAGCCACCUCACCGAUGACAUUAAGGAAAUAAAAAGAAAUCAAAAAGAAAGCAAGGAAGCAAUAGAAAAGCUCAUUAUAGAAAACAGAGCGCUGAGAAAAGAAAAUGCGGAACUAAAACAAGAGAAUAUAGAAAUCAAGGAGGAACUCAGAGAAAUAACAAACCACAUGGAAGUUAUGGAAAAACACCGACGAAUAAAUAACGUAGUCAUGAACGGUCUAAGGAUAGACACAUAUGAACAAGCAGGGUUAAAAGAAACAACUAACAAUUUCAUCAAACAACACUUAGGAGUAGAGGUUAAAAUAAGGAAUGCUCACAAGCUAGGAGAAAAAACAUGCCUCAUUGAAUUAGAAAACCAGGAAGAAAAAAGAAAAAUAAUGGAAAAAAAGUAUAAGUUAAAAGAAAUAAGAGGGCUGAAGGUAUAUAUUAACGAAGAUGCAACCAUAAGAGAACGAGAAAUACAGAAAAUAAUUAGAAACAUUGCUCAGGAAGAAAGAAACAAAGGAAAUGAAGUCAAGAUUGGAGUAAAAAAAAUAUGGCUGUUGAUGGUUAUGGAAAAAGGCGGAGCAGACCAAUACAAAGAAAAAUCUAUAGAUGACAUAGGAGAUGACAAUACGGAAGAAAAUCUUCUGGAACUUAAUUAUCAUGACAGUGAUGAGGGUGAAAAUGAUAUGUUGGAUGAUUUAGUAAAUAGCAAGGGUACCGAAAUGUCGACCAGUAAUAGCAAUGCAGAUAAUACACUAAUUAAAACAAUUGCACCCAAAUUAAAAAAGAAAAUUAUUAGGAAAGUCGUCCCGUGGACUAAAGAACAGAAGGAAGUAACAUUAAAGUACUUUAAAAAUCAUAUUAAAGUAAAGAAAGCCCAUAAAAGACUAGAGUGUGAUGAGUUUAAGUAUAGUUCCACAAUGGUUGGAAAGAGUAGCAUUAUUUAUCUAGCCUACAUAUUUCUAACACUACAGUCGCCGUUAGUUAAUUCCAGAAUUAAUUACAAAGUUAUGGUAGAAGAAGAUAUUAUUCGAAUACACUCAAAAUCAUGCACAGAUGAAACUGCUGUGUUACCGACUAUGUGCAAAAAAGAUCUGACGUACAUAGGAGAUGCCUCAUGUACAUUUAAAGAACUAAAUGGUACUGGGAGAUUUAUUCUGAAGGAUGCUGUUGUAUAG